AUGCUAGACCUGGGCGACACACAGGGAGCCUCUCUCAGACUUUGUACACAGAACGCGAGAUCAGUGUCCACAGACGCCGACUUACACGCCCUUAUGGAAGCAGCAGAACACUUCGAAUUCCAUGUGAUUGCUGUGGAAGAGAUCAAAAGUGAAAGGAGUGACUUACGACAGAUGAAUGACGGCACACUCGCCUCUUACGGAGAAAAGGCUCCGUCGCGAAUGAUAGGCGAUGUUGGUUUUGUUGUUGACCCAUCUGUCGUCCACCUUGUCGAUUCUCACUGGAUCCCCUCACCUCGUCUGGCCAUUCUCCGCCUCAUCCUCUGUGCAAACAGCCCAUCGAUAACAUCACUUAAUACUCACCAACCACCAGUAGCUGAUGAAUCCAAUUGGAUGCGUUUAAUGGGGAGCUUGAGGAAGUGA